AUAAAGAGGUAAAAAUUAAAAAUCCUAAUCUUCAUUUGGCUACUCUGGCAGCAACAACCGAUGAAGGAAAAAAUCCCAAAUUGGAAGAAGAAGAACAAGAAAAAAAUUAUUUGGCAGAUGAAGAAAAUGUUAUUGUUUUUUCUACUGAUUAUUCUCCAGUCAAAGGUGAUGGAGUAAGUUUUCAAAUAAAAUCAGUAGUAAUUGGCAGAGAAAAAACCGAAGAAGAAUUAAUGCUUACGAUUACUACUAAUGGUGUGGUUGAACCGAAAGAAGCACUUCAAGAAGUUUUGGCGAUAUCCCAAGACGCUUUUGGUCACGCCAUUUUAUACGAAAAAGUGGAAACAAGUUUGCCAAUGGCUCGCAGCCUAACCAAAUUAUUAGCAAAACUUAUUGGAUACGCUAAACAGGAUAAUUUGCACGCCCGCCGUUUGGCCCUAAAACACCUGGUCAACAAAAAAAAAAACGUUGAUCGACAAGGAAAAAAAAUGUUGGAUAAAUUAUUUUCGGACUUAAAAGAAAGAUACAAAGACCGUGUAGGUGGUUAUAGCCGAAUUACCAAAUUAAAUUAUCGGUUGGGUGAUAAUAAUUUGCGAGUAAUUUUUGCUUUGGUGUAA